UUGGGUUCUUUAUCGCUUCUAAAAUUUUCACAUAUCUUGUUUUUUUUCCCAAAUUUGCAAAAAUUCUACGUAAAAUCAAAUUAUCUCUGCAGCAUCGUAAACGUAAAUCUAAACAGCAAAAUCAAUCGCUAUUUGGAGUUCCGACAACUGCUACAAUAGUUACUAUAAGUGAAGUGGUUACCGUCACAGAGAAAUCAGUAAACGAAGUCGGGGAAACCGCGGUCAUGGAUACCACCAAUCUUAAUCGGGUGCUAAAUCAGACUUUGCGUCAUCCGUUGCACGGACUGCUCUUUAAAUAUACCAAUGUUAUGAAAGGUUGGCAGUACCGCUGGUUCACUGUUGAUGCACAGACAGGCACACUUAGCUAUUACUUAUGUGACUCCUCUUUAACUGGAGAUGAAGUAACACCAUCCGCACAAGUUCUGGCUUGUGCGCCGCGUGGUCAAGUCCAACUUGCAGGCGCUGUGGUCUGUCCUAGUGAUGAAGAUUCACGGACGUUUUCUAUCGGUUGUGCAUCUGGAGAUACAGUCAAAUUGCGUGCUGCCGAUGCACGUUCUCGGCAAGAAUGGGUAGAUGGUUUGCGGGCAGUCGUGGAGAGUCACACCAAAGCAAUGGAUAUUAGCAAUUCAUCACCCCUGCCGCCUCGGGAGUUGCUUGCUGCUUCUGAUGCGAUGGUAUCAGCCAGACAAGCACUCUAUCUAACCGAACAAUGCAAUGCAUCGCUUGCGCGUACAAUUGAGAAUAUCGAAUGUGAAACCUUUUCGCCGACAGAUCCAGAUUUGCUUUUGCUGAAAGCCAUUUCGACUGCUAGCACACAAUGUUUACAUCAGUGCCUAAGCCUAUUGCAACGACAUGAAGAGAUACACAGUACAAGUGUUGAAUCAGCGGGCGCUUUUUGAGACGACAUAAGUUUUUAAGCUACAUUGGUUGCAAUUGUGAAUUAUGAAUUCGUUUUUAAGUGCUUAAGUACGUUGUUAUUUUGUUCAUAUAUUUAAAUAUGUAUGGUUGCAAAUUAUAAUAUAAGUGCAAUCGUAAAACAAUUUAAUUUUAUAA